AUGCCAGCCAAAGUAUAUGCCUAUCCUGAAUCUAUAGAUGUUGCCAAUGCAGUUGGUAAAUAUAUCAUUGAACAUCAAAAUCAAGCAAUUGCAGCCAAUGGAUCUUUCAAGAUUGCGUUAUCUGGUGGAUCAUUGGGUAAAGUAUUAAAGAAAGCAUUAAUAGAUAAUAAAGAAGUUGCUUCAAGCGUUAAAUGGGAGCAAUGGGAUGUUUAUUUCAGUGAUGAAAGAUUGGUGCCGUUAAAUCAUGCUGAUUCUAAUUUUGGUUUAUUUAAUGAAUUAGUAUUGAACCAUUUACCAAGUGAAGUUGGAAAGCCAAGAUUAAAUGUUAUUGAUGAAUCUUUAUUAACUGGUAAAGAUGGACAAUUGGAUGAAAAUGUUGAUAUCUCCAAGGAUAUUCAAAUAGCUAAAGAUUAUGCAUCUAAAUUACCAACUGAUGGUAAAUUUGAUGUUAUCUUAUUAGGAUGUGGUCCAGAUGGUCAUACUUGUUCAUUAUUCGCGGGCCAUAAAUUAUUACAAGAAAGAUCUGAAUUAAUUGCGUAUAUUAAUGAUUCUCCAAAACUCCCACCAAGAAGAAUUACAUUUACUUUCCCAGUAUUAGAAAACGCAACUUCUAUUGCAUUUGUUGCUGAAGGUGCUGGAAAAGCUAUAACUUUAAAGGAAAUCUUUAAUGAUAAAAAGAGUCAAUUACCAUCUAAAUUGGUUAAUGAAAUUGAUACUGGGGUUCAAGUCAACUGGUUUGUUGACAAUGCAGCAGUUGAAGGGGUUGAUUAUCUUACUGCUAAGUAUUAG